AUGGCGACCGCGCACCAAGUCUACAUAUCUCCCAAUUCCGACGUGGGAGUUUUCAGUUGCGCUCCAAAGGAAGAUACAGCCCGCGUCGCGAGUGAGGCGUUGCAGGAAGACAUGCUGAAGCAUCAUGUUUUCUUCAACCAGCAAGGAUUCCACAAUCAUAUUCCCCAUUCACUGUUGAGUAUCUAUGCCGUUGGCGGCUCGCCCGAUGAUAUCGAGGCAGCCUACAAGAGGAAUGCAUCAUACCAACGGCCUGUCCUGCCCACUGAUAAUGGAGUGGUCGAGAAAAUGCGCCAGACGGGCAACCUUAGGGAGCAUUUUGGAAAGGAAAAGCAUUAUCCGAACUUUCUGUCCUUCUUCCAGAAAGAGAUUGACGAAAAGGGAGUCGAUACGGUGCUAAAUAUCUAUCUGUUUGCUGAGAAUGAUCAAGCACAGAACCUUUUCUGUCGAUUGUGGGGAGGCUUGGUCCACCCGUUGAUUCAUCUCGGGUUUGGUCUCGAGUUCAAACAACCGGCCAUUGUGGCCGAGGCUCUUGCUCAGGCUUCUGUGCAUGAAGACAAACUCGGCUAUGAAUUUUUCCUUCUGGCAGAGAAGCAGGCCGGCGACGCCGGCAAGGCAGGGAGCAAGACGCUCAUGCAACUUCUGGACGAGAUUCGCACGAACAAAACCCUGUCCACGUCGGCCAGAUAUAGUGACAAGAAUAAAAUCUUCGACGGUGUGCUAGGUCGAGCGUCUCAGGAGAUGCUGCGCUAUGCCUCGCAGUACACGGUCUCCCCGGAUCAGGUGGACGAGAAACUGGCAGAUAUGAUGAACACUGUUGUAUACUACACGGCUGCUGCACAGCGACCAAACAAGGCGAUCAAGCUGGACUUUUUCUUCCUCCACUGUGUCAACUCGGCUAUCUUCUUUUCCCGUCUGAUUUGUCUGCCCGGCGCAAGCCAGCGGACACGACUGCGUCUGCUGGAAUGGAAGGGUCGCCUCGAUCUCUUGAUGUACGUGUCACGCGGAUGCCCUGAGCUUCGCAAGGAAGAUAUUCUCAACCACCCGGCUACAAAGGACUGGUCGGCUGUCUUUGCCAGCGCCGCCUCGCACCCGAAGGAUGACGGCCAUCUGGUCAAGUUUGUUCGCGCGGUCGCACACGCAGAGCAGGUUUGCAAGCCGUAUGAAGAUCAAGAUCGAGAAUCUAUGCCGGUAAAGGGCAAGAUGUGGCUCCAGAUUGCCAAUAUGGCUGUCGACUCCACUGUUGGGGCAGAGGAUAGCGCGAUGUGGGUCCGCUCCACGGGGUUCGAGGAAGCCUGGGAGAAUGUUGCUGGACGCUCUCGUCUGUAA